GUGGUUUUGGCUGAUGUGAAGUGGCUGUUGUCGGGCAGAUCAAGAGCCGCGGCUGUCCUUUGAGUGUAUCUGGCUAAUUUAUUAAUUUUAAUUAUUUUAGAUAUGGAUAUCCACAAGCCCAGGACCAGCAACCAGACCUCACCUUCACUGAAGCUGUCCAAUGGAUACAUUCUCCCUGAAGGAAAACUGACUCCCAAUACGCUGUUUGUUGGUGGGAUAGACAUGAAGGUGGAUGAAAAUGAAAUGCGGGACUUCUUUGCGAGAUAUGGUGCUGUUAAAGAAGUAAAGAUAAUCACAUACCGCGGAGGGAUCUGCAAAGGGUAUGGCUUUGUGUACUUCAGUGAAGAUGUCAACAUUCAGUCAAUUGUCGAGCAACAGAUCAGUUUUAAGGGCCGAAAACUCAAGUUGGGUCCUGCCAUCAUGAAAGAGAGGAGCUCCCGUUCCAUGCCAUCCCGUCUGGUUGGCCCAGCUCCUUGGAUAAGCCCCACCCAGUACUUCUACUGUGCUUGCUGCUCACCCAUGGGAAGCGGCAUGGCACAACCCUCGCCCAUCUUCAGUGGAGGCAGCCCCUACAAUCAGCCAUACUCCUACUCCAACUUUGGAGGGGUGAUGAUUCCACAGAUGCCAAUGAACUACACACAGAACGCCUACGCCUACCAGUACACUCCACCUCACUGGACGGCGGACCAGAGGACACGGCCUGUCAAUCAGAGUUUUGUGGACUGUGGAGUCCAGACCAUGUUGACUGUGCUGUAGUCCACAGCUACUGAGCCUCCUGCCAGAUGCAGGCUACAGCGGCUACAGUGAGUCAAAACGCAGACAGGAUGACAUCUUGAUGUUCCGGACGGCUGGAAGCAACACAACUCCUCAUACUGUUUUCAGUUUUGCCCUCCUCCCUCCUCUCUCCUCUCUCCCCUCAAUGUCUGAGACCCAUUUUAACACCAGACUGCAGGAGCUCUCCACUUUUACAGUACAAGUUUGAUCACUGUCACUUUGACCACAAUCGGUGGGGUUGACCUGUGGUCAGCUGCUUUUAACCCACAUGGAUCACAGUAACAAUCGCACAGGAAGAGCAAAGCACCCUCACUGUCGCACCCUGAUACAUGGGCUCACAUUCUUCAUUCUUUUUUAAGUUUUCUUUUGUUAAUUAUCCCAAAGAAAAGAUGGUAAAGACUUUUAAGCUCACCAUUUAUGCCUAUUUAUAUUUUAUGUUUUAUUAUUUAUUUUUGGAAUUUAUUUUAAAUGUUUGUUAGGUAGGGGCUUUUGUAGCUGCAGCAAGGGCUCUCUGUACAUAAAAGCUACAUUUAUAUAUAUUGUAACAAUGUCUUGACAGCAAUCUGGUUGUUUUCAGCAUUGAGUGUGCUUCUUUAACUCCAGUUCAGGUCUAAUGCUUCCCUGAUUACUCAUUUUCAUUAACUUGUCUUCUUCAGAGUACGGGCACUCUGUCAUUCUGUUAAUUUCAAUUACUCACAUUUAUUUGGUGCUCUAUUUGAUUUCAUAGGGUGCCAGUCAAGGUGGUAAGUGAAAGGCAGUUUUCUCACACUGUAGUGCCUCAUCAGUAUCACUGAUUUCUUGUCUUGGUCAAAUACUAGACUUUUUUUUUUUUUUUUUUUUCUUCCCAGCAGUUGCUUCACACUGAUCAAUCUGUGUGUUAAUAUUUCUACGCUGUCCCAUCCUGUGACUGCUCUUUCUCGAAUGGUUCCAGGGGUUCACGCUCAACGGACAAUCACGGCAUCAAUUUUGUUUCCUGCUUCUCAUCAAUCAACUUUUAUUUUGGGGGGGUGGGGGGUGGAAAGCAGUUUUAAUCCACUUUGAAAAUGAAGGACGUGAUUUAAAGUGAGGUGCUCUGUUACAUCUGUUUGGAGAAAACAUUCACUGUACAUGGUUCACUUUAUAUUGGUGCAAUGCAAUAUUUUGGGUUUUAAUCUAGUCGCAGGUGAUUUUGCAGGAAGCAUUUUACUGACAUUGCAUGCAUGACCAUUACAUCCCUUUAUAUGUUUUUUUUCAGUAAGUGCACUUAAUAUAUCCUAAAUUUAGUUUUAAGAGCAGAUUAAUAUGAUUGGUGAUGCACAUUUGGUGUAUGGUACACAUCACAGAUUUAGUUUUCCUUUGACCCUUUUCUUUGUUUUAUAUGUGUGUUGACCUCAGGGUCUUCUGCGUGCAGACGUGAUUGUAUUGAUAGAAUCGUUUUGUUCAGAGAGCCUGGGCACGGCACUGUUAGGUUUGGCUUAUUGUUAACGUUCGUCUUUUGCAGGGUUUGGAUAUUUUUGUUUUGAAAAA